AUGCCGGCCUUGAUUGGUGAAAUCACGGUGGGCAUCAUUGCUGGCCCUCAUGUCAAGAACCUCGUUCCGGAAACGAAUGCUCUAAUCUUGCAGGGUGAGAUUGCGCUAGCAGUUGCGGCACUGCAAUUGGAGACCAUGCAAGCUUUUUCCAUUGGAGCCUCCUUUGCUACAAUGCUCCUCAACUUGACUCAAUGGAAGAAAGGUGGCAUUGCCAAAGGCAUGAGGUCAACAGGUAUUGCCCUGAACGUGAUGAAAGGAGGGGGCGUGCUCAACCAACCGAGCGGGCAGGUGAUGCUGGUGCUGGUGGUGUUCAUGAGCUUCCUAGCAGUCAAAGUCGUAAAGCGCGUCGCCACAUUUUUGAUGCGCUACUUUUUUGCUUGUAGCAUCGGCUUUACUGUGCCUGUAGAAGACUUUGGAAAUGUCGAAGUCUGGAAGCGGGCGUCGGUCUUGCUUUUGUGUGUGUUUGCAAAGCUUUGCAUGGGUUUCUUUGCGAUGCCGCUGACCUUCAACGACUUCUUGAUCCUGGGGUUUGCCUGGGGCAGCUGGGGGGAGUUCUCUUUCAUUCUGGCCUUGCGUGCUGUGAGGGGGAACCUCUUGAGCGGAGAGAGCUAUAGUGCACUGGUUCUUGCUGUUUUGAUCUCAAUCUUGAUUUGCCCAACUGUCUUGCGCGUGGUCCUGACACGAAGGGAAAUUGAAGCAAAACGACGCAUUGAAGAAGCAAAGAGACUCGGACGCACCUUGAAGCCGAAUGCCCAGCGCAAUGUCUACUUCUGCGUGCAGACCCGUUCGCGUGCGCAAUGGGGCCAGCAGGGUGCCUUGCUGAAUGGACUUUUGGAGGUUGGAUGCAAGGUCGUGGACUUCCGUUCCUUCCACCCUUUUCACGAUGUUGGGACGCAACAUAUCAUCAACGAGUUGUACCUGAAAGACAUGGAGCUGGAGCUGGGUUCAGCAGAAACUCCUGCCAACCGCGCCAAUUUCAAUGUGGCCUUCGCCUCCACAUUGCUCAUGGCAAAGGAUUUGGCCGAAGCAGCCAAUGACCUCUGCAGAAAAGUACGUUUACACACCUGCCACCGCCGGUCUUCAUUGGCCACAGUGGCAGUGGCAGGUCUGUUGAAGACCGGCGGAUGGCAGCCCGGAGAGGGCACUCAAGAGCUGAUUGAGGAGGUUCACUAUGGUUCUGCCACUGAAGAUGUGCCAGUGGGGAGCUUCCGACGGACGGCGAGUCCUUCGGAGCAGAUUGCUGCCCAGCAUGCGCACUUAGAAAUGCAGCAGGCAAUGACGACCAGGCCCAAUUUACAGGUCUAG